AUGGCCCAGCGCCUUCUGCACCACCCUAUUUUCCUCCACUUCCCUUCUACCCCGGUGAUUGGGGGUGCUGCGUCGAUGGAGGUCCUUUCGUUUAGGGCCGUUGCCCGCAAAAAAGCCGCUGUUAGGCAGUUCUCAUCCAAAUCAUGGCGACAAUACAAAGAUAAUAAUAAUUCAGAAAACCCCAAAUCUGGGUCCUGGUCCCGUCUACGGUUUGCACUGCGAAACACCAAGGUUGAAUGGUACCCGAUUCCUGUUGGUCUCGGGAUUGGUUUGCUCGGAUUGCUACAUUUCUACAAGUCCCAGCGGGGUGACCGCGAUCGUGCUGUACGAGAUGAUGACUGGGAAAAUGGGAGCAAGCCUCCUCGUCGGCCACGGGUCGUUCCAACAGGUUCUUGGCAGGUACAGAUUAUGUCGACGCUACCCCUGAAGGCCAUGUCGCGACUAUGGGGCCGGUUUAAUGAGAUUGAACUGCCUUAUUACUUCCGAGUACCAGGCUUCAAGCUGUAUUCUUGGGUUUUUGGUGUUAAUCUAAGCGAAGUUGCAGAGCCAGACCUGCACGUUUACCCAAACCUGGCAGCCUUCUUUUAUCGCAAGUUGAAACCAGGGGUGCGCCCGCUCGACCCCGACCCACACGCCCUUCUCUCCCCGUCAGAUGGCCGGAUUUUGCAGUUUGGUAUGAUUGAGCGGGGUGAGGUGGAACAGGUGAAGGGCAUGACAUAUAGCUUGGAUGCUUUGCUAGGUUCAGCUACACCUUCUCACGCCGACCACAGCAAACGACUUACCGACGACCACCCUGAGCAAGCCCAAAAAGAUGAGGCGAACAUGAAGUCAGAUGAGGAGUUUGCCUUGGUAAACGGGAUCUCUUACACGGUGCCAACCUUGCUCUCGGGUAAUGCCGAUGCACCGGCGAAGCGACGGGCAUCAAUCGACGCAUCUACUACAUCCAAAACCACAUCUGAGGCACAAGUACAAGAGGAACUAGCUCUUGGCGAUGGUAAGCCAUGGUAUUCGCCUAAGACGGCUGCAAACCAUGCGCUUUUCUAUUGCGUGAUCUACUUGGCACCUGGAGACUACCAUCGCUUCCACUCCCCCACUGCGUGGGUUGUGGAAAGCCGUCGCCACUUUGCUGGCGAGCUGUACUCAGUCUCUCCCUAUCUACAGCGUCAUCUCCCCGGUUUGUUUACCCUCAAUGAACGUGUGGCACUGCUUGGCCGCUGGCGCUGGGGUUUCUUCAGUUACACACCGGUGGGUGCAACCAACGUGGGCUCAAUUAAAAUCAACUUCGACUCGGAACUGCGCACCAAUAGUCUUCUGACUGAUACCGCCGCGGACUUGGCAGCAGCAUUGGCUGCCAAGCGUGGCGAGCAAGAUCCUGGCUUCGUUGAGGCAACCUAUCGUCAUGCCAGUCGCACCCUGGGGGGACAUCCCCUGCAGCGUGGAGAGGAAAUGGGUGGCUUCCAAUUAGGCAGCACCGUUGUUCUUGUUUUUGAGGCACCACUGGGCUCUUCUCCCUCGGUAGAUGCAGGAUCUGAUCAGAAGGGUGAUGGAUGGACCUGGAGUGUUGAAAAAGGCCAGCGGAUUAAAGUUGGCGAAAAGCUGGGGUUUGUGGGUGAGGCAUGA